CUAUAUAUUGGUUCUUACGAAUUAGCAUUGCAAAUGCGGAAUUUACAUUAGCUCUGGCUUAAUGCGACUAGGAAUUUUAUAUUUAUGGCUGUUGUGUGGUUUUUUGGCCAAAUAUCCAUAAGUAAUUGGCCAGAAUCGGCACAUUUGAAUUCAGGUUCAAAGCUAUUCGUUAUUCAUUAGGAAUAAGGUAUCGAAAACCUUAUCGCCAGGGCGUUAGUGCUCAUUUUGAUCUAGCCUCGACGCCGAUAUUUUCAACAGUCCAGAGAUAACCCGAAAAAAAUGGAGCCCAAGAAAACGAUAACCUGGUUUUUCGGCCUGCCAUCGGUGCGCUAUGCGCAGAUCUUUAUCGUGGUGGCGGGCGAUCUGCUGGCCCUGUCCAAUCUGUAUCCCAAGCACUCGAGCUAUAUUGCGCGUCCUUUCCUGCUCUGGCAGGAUCACCAGGAGGAGGACGAACGUUCCGUGGACUCGCCUCAGAAGUUCUAACGAAUAUAUAUUUUUUAACGUGUGUGGGAGACGUUUUAUUGCCCCCAACGAUUUUUGACCAGACCAACCUUGAGUUUCAAUGCCAAUGCCAGGCCCAUGACGUCACUUGUAUCUGCUGGCUGCCUCUUGCUGCUUAAAUAUACUGAAUAUUUUGUACAUAUA